UCAAUAAGACCCCACACACCAUCCCUCUCUCUCUCUCUCUCUCACACACACACACACUCUCUCUCAGUGACUCCAUUGCUGCCUUCCUAGCUCCUUAAAACAACCAUUUCAUCACCCAUGGAGGAACCCUCUUUCUGACAUGGGCGUCGUUGACAUGUCUAACCCACCCACUUCUCAUACCAAAGACUUCUUCGCCUCUCCUGCUCUCUCUCUCAGUCUUGCUGGAAUAUUCCGCAGUGCAAAUGCAGCCGAGGCGGCAGAGGCUCCAGCAAUGGAGGUGGAGGAAGGGGAAGAGGGAAGUGGAGGAGGAGAAGGAGAAAGAGGAAGAAGUGAAGGUACUAUUGAGAUUAGCAGUGAGAACUCAGGGCUUAUGAGAUCAAGAUCAGAUGAUGAGUUUGAAGGGGAAGGAGAACAUGAUGAUGGUGAUGGUGAUGGUGAUGAUGAUGUAGGUGAUGACAAGAAGAAGAAGAAGAGAAAGAAAUAUCACAGACACACCGCCGAGCAAAUCAGAGAAAUGGAAGCGUUAUUUAAAGAGUCCCCACAUCCUGAUGAGAAUCAAAGACAACAGCUAAGCAAGCAACUAGGACUUGCCCCUAGACAAGUCAAGUUUUGGUUCCAAAAUCGAAGAACUCAAAUUAAGGCUAUACAAGAGAGACAUGAGAAUUCUUUAUUGAAAACAGAAAUGGAGAAGCUUAGAGAGGAAAAUAAGGCCAUGAGAGAGACCAUCAAUAAAGCUUGCUGCCCCAACUGUGGCAUGGCUACCACUACCAGAGAAACUUCUUUGACAACUGAGGAACAACAUUUACGUAUUGAAAAUGCCAAACUCAAAGCCGAGGUGGAAAAACUUCGAGCAGCUCUAGGAAAGCACCCUCCAGGGGCAGCGCCCUCAUGUUCUGCCGGAAAUGAGCCAGAGAACAGAAGUUCAUUGGAUUUUUACACUGGAAUUUUUGGGCUGGAGAAGUCAAGAAUCAUGGAGAUCGUUAAUCAAGCAAUGGAAGAGUUGACGAAAAUGGCUACUGCUGAGGAGCCACUGUGGAUUAGGAGCGUUGAGACAGGUCGUGAAAUUCUUAAUUAUGAUGAGUAUAUGAAGGAGUUUGGAGUUGAAAAUACAAGCAGUGGAAGGCCAAAGAGGUCCAUUGAGGCCUCCAGAGAAACUGGAGUUGUGUUCGUGGAUCUUCCAAGACUUGUUCGGAGUUUCAUUGAUGUGAAUCAGUGGAAGGAGAUGUUUCCAUGCUUGAUAUCAAAGGCAGCCACAGUUGAUGUUAUCUCCAAUGGAGAAGGUCCUAUGAGAAAUGGAGCAGUGCAGUUGAUGUUUGCAGAGGUACAAAUGCUCACACCAAUGGUGCCCACCAGAGAAAUAUAUUUUGUCCGAUAUUGCAAGCAACUAAGUGCAGAGAAAUGGGCAGUUGUUGAUGUUUCCAUUGAUAAAGCAGAAGAUAAUAUUGAUGCCUCCCUUGUCAAGUGCAGAAAACGCCCCUCUGGCUGCAUAAUUGAGGACAAAUCAAAUGGUCACUGCAAGGUGACAUGGGUAGAGCACUUGGAAUGCCAGAAAAGUACAGUUCAUACAAUGUACAGAACAAUUGUGAAUAGCGGUCUAGCUUUUGGUGCAAGGCAUUGGGUAGCAACAUUGCAGCUCCAGUGUGAACGGAUUGUAUUCUUCAUGGCAACCAAUGUUCCUACAAAGGAUUCAACUGGUGUUGCAACUCUGGCUGGAAGGAAAAGUAUUCUCAAACUGGCACAGAGAAUGACUAGGAGCUUUUGCCGUGCGAUUGGAGCAUCAAGCUUUCAUACAUGGAACAAGGUUACAAGCAAAACAGGAGAUGACAUAAGGCUUUCCUCCAGGAAGAACUUAAAUGACCCCAGUGAGCCAACUGGAGUGAUCUUGUGUGCAGUUUCUUCUGCAUGGUUGCCAGUCUCUCCUCAUGUUCUGUUCGAUUUCUUGCGAGAUGAUGAUCAUAGAAAUGAGUGGGAUAUCAUGUCUAAUGGAGGUCCAGUGCAAUCCAUUGCAAAUUUAGCCAAAGGACAAGAUAGAGGCAAUGCAGUAACUAUACAAGCAAUGAAAUCAAAAGGGAAUCCUAUGUGGGUACUGCAAGAUUGCUGCACAAACGCUUAUGAAUCCAUGGUAGUGUACGCUUCUGUGGAUAUAAAUGGAAUGCAAUCUGUGAUUACAGGAUGUGAUUCAAGCAACAUCGCUGUAUUACCUUCAGGAUUUUCAAUUCUUCCUGAUGGACUCGAAUCAAGGCCCUUAGUGAUCACUUCUAGGCAAGAGGAGAAGGGUACAGAAGGAGGAUCCCUGUUGACAAUGGCAUUCCAAAUCCUAACAAAUACCUCCCCCACAGCCAAACUAUCCACGGAAUCUGUGGAGUCUGUUAACACACUUAUAUCCUGCACAUUGCGGAAUAUUAAGCAAGUUUGCAAUGUGAAGAUAGUUGAUCACCCUUAGUUUGUUAGUUAGACAGACAACUAAUUAAUUGUAAAAUUUAUAGGAUCCUAGGUUCGUUUUUAUUUUUUUUCCUUAUUUAUUUUUUUUCCCUCCAGAUUUUAGAUUUUGAUAGAGGGAUGUUUUUAUAUGGGUUUGCUUUAUUGUUUGUGGUUGGAGUGGAGAGCUUGGAGCCAGAUGCAUUUCUCUAAUUCAGCAUUCUGGAGGAGUGAGGGGGAGAUGUGGUUUACAAACUUUAUAAGUCGAGAAGAGUGAAAUAUUUUCAUGUAUAGAAAGAAUAUUUGUCAAUGUCAUUUUGUGGUUGUUUCA